AUGGACCCACCAGCGUGGUACUGCCGUCUGGUCAAUCUCUCACAAAAACGCGAAAUAGAAGAGGAUGACUUUGACGAGGACAUCUCCGAGCUUCGAGAGAGCGACGCUCCAGACGAAUUCAGCGAUGGCGAAAGCAUCCAGCGUUGUGAAUGCCCCAGCUCGGACAUGCUGGACUGCGAGUGCGACGCUGAGGAUGCCGCACCCGAGAGGGCAAUGGACGACGGGGCGGAAUCGGGACGCUCAUACCAGGGCUCAGAUGCCGACUAUUACUAUGAGCUGAAGGAACGACGCAUUGAACGGAAAAUUGACUUGCGAGAUGAGAAGGAGAGAGCGGAGGAGCGACGACGUCUCUUUCGAGAACUGGACAGCGAACAGGAGCGCGAGGUCCGCGAAGCCUAUGAGGCCAUGCUGGAGGAGCAGAAGAAGGGAGAUGCUCCUCGGCCCCGACUGGCAUCUCUCUCCAGAGCAGUUUUCCACCUGUUCUCGGUGGACCACAUAGACUAUUGCUACGACUACGACCAUUAUCUUGGGACGAGAUACGUCGAAUUCUAUUGUCUCGACGAAAAGGGCCAGACAAUUAGUCAUGAUGAUUUAAAGGUCAAGAUCUCGGGGCACGUCUACCUGAAUAGCAGUACUGACUGCGAUUUUCUGUCCUUUGUUCAACCGAAGCGGGCUGGCAUCAAAAAGAGGCAAUUCCCGGUUCGUGGACAGGAUCAUGCGCCAGUCUUUCAGUUCAUCAGCAGCAAAUAUUUGAUCAUGACUGUAAGAUCGGAUGCCAAGAUGGUCUCGGGCGAUAUCCAGCAGUUGGGAGUCACAGAUGUGCCGAAAGAGCUCAAGUUUUUUGGCAUCUGCAUGGAGCGAGAGGAGCGGAAGGCGUAUUUUGAAAAGACAUCAGGAAGAUUUCGGCGGCUAGGGUAA